AUGGAUAUCGUAUUAGAAGUGUGUGACUACUUUUUAUUUGACCGGCUAUAUGCUUCUGCUUUACCAAAAGGCGGUAAAGUUGACCAAUUUAUUCACAACUCCCCGCUAAUUCAACAAGUCUCAUCAACAGUGUCUCAGUUCCUUCCUGCUUCAGUUGCAAAUUCAGCCAACGCUUAUGACACACUUGACAAAGCCAUACUUGGAAAUGCCUCUUCAUCGGCUUCAAGUGCUUUAAAUUUCCAAUUCAAUUCUACUAGUGUCAAUGUGGCUAACUUGCCUUUGUAUUUAUUUUCAAAAAUCAUGAGUUUGCAAAAUAAAUCAGAAAUUUACGGAUUGAAACCAACUUUUUUACCUGCUGGCGACUAUUUCUCGAGUUCAAUUUUAUCGAGAUCAAAUCUUUUACGUGAAUCAUUAAGUAUAUUGGUGGUAACAACAAUCUUUGGCUGGUUAUUGUACCUUAUUGUUGCUUAUUUCAGUUAUUUAUUUGUGUUUGACCGCAGGAUCUUUAACCAUCCAAGAUACUUGAAAAACCAAAUGUGGUUGGAAAUUGAACGUGCAAUGACUGCCAUCCCCAUUAUGGUUGCUUUGACAAACCCCUUUUUCCUUUUGGAAUUAAAAGGGUUUUCUCGUCUUUAUUUGGAUAUCAACGAAAACACUGGCGGUUGGAAAUUUAUCGUGUUGCAAAUACCCAUGUUUAUUUUAUUCACCGAUUGUUUGAUUUAUUUUAUUCAUCGCUGGUUGCAUUGGCCUUCUGUUUACAAGAAAUUACACAAACCACAUCACAAAUGGAUUGUUUGUACUCCAUUUGCUUCCCAUGCAUUCCACCCUGUUGAUGGAUGGGCUCAGAGUUUGCCUUAUCACCUUUACCCAUUGUUGUUUCCCUUGCAUAAGGUAUUGUAUUUGGGAUUAUUCACCUUUGUCAACUUCUGGACGGUGAUGAUUCAUGAUGGUAACUAUAUGAGUAAUGACCCAGUGGUUAACGGAACUGCUUGUCAUACUGUUCAUCAUUUAUAUUUCAAUUACAAUUAUGGGCAAUUUACUACGUUAUGGGAUAGAAUUGGAAGAUCGUAUAGAAGACCUGAUGAUUCAUUCUUUAUUAAAGACACCAACACUGAAAAGGAGAAACAAGAAUGGAAGAAGCAAGUGAUGCAAAUGGAAGAAAUUAGAAAUGAGUUGGAAGGUAAAGUUGAUGACAGAGAGUACGUCGAAGAGUCGUGA